CCGCGGUCGGUGUGUGUUGCUACACUAUUUGACAGCUCGUCUGUUUUGUUCCUGCGCAUUACCAUUACAGUCCGUCCUACACCGACAUUAGGAGGACACAUUUUCUCUUGGGUUGACUCUAAAUGGAUUGUUUUAUUUAGUACCCUGAAGAUUGACCAAAGGGAGGCCAUCAACUCCGGUGUAAUGGCAGAAGAUGCUCGGACCUGAACACUGGUGUUGGGAUUACGAAGAUAUGAUGUAGUAAUGGAGCUGGUGAUCUGUAGCUUGCGUUAACAACGAUCACCGUGCUGUCUUGCUGUUACAUUCAAUCGCCUUCGUGAGUCAAGAUUUUCCACCCUUCUUUAAAAAUGAGACUAAAGUGAUCAGCGAUUAGGGAGAUGUUGACUUUCAAGGACGUCAGCUGGCUGGUUCAGGUGGCGCUCUUCUGCGGGUCGUUGUUGGUCGUGCUAGCCUGGCUGGUUCAGUUCUCACUGACCUUGGUUCGACCUAGGUGGCGCACCAAAGUCCCGGGUAAGAGGGAGACCCCCUGGCAGUUGCCCCUGAGUCUCACCCACCAGACCCUGACGGGUGGCGUCUGGGGUUCCCUCCUAAGGCUGAGGCUUGGUCGAGAUGGGGCGGGAAGUGACACCGAAGCGGGUGUCAAAGGUCUUUUGUCAUCGCUCUUUGCGUUCAAGUCUUUCAGGGAGCACUGGCAGAGAGCCUGGGUGCGAGCACUCAACGAACAGGCAUGCAGGCAAGGGAGCUCGAUUCAAAUCACCUUUGAUGACAACCUUCAACUCCCAACAUCAGCAUCCAUUGACCACGUGACUUGUACAAACCAGUCAACACACAGCAUGGUCCUACAGUGCAAUUGUUCGCUUGACACCAUAACGUUCCCAGUGACUGUCACUCAGCAGUCACCUGCAAACGUUUCCAUGGAUACUUACCAGAUCACGAUGGAGCCCAUGGUGGCUCAGCUGCAGGUCUGUCUUGAGGAAGUCGAGGAAGAGGGUCUCCUUGUGUCCUGGACUUUUUCCAAGCAGCCUCAGCUUUCUAUAACCGUGACGCCACGCCAAAGAGUCCAGAAAGAGGGCUCUGACAGAACGGUGGACAGAGAUAUGAUUGCCGCGUUGGUGGAGGACACACUGUACACUACACACCCUGCGAUGAUCCUCAACCUUAGAGCCUGUGUAUCAAGUCCAGCGUUUCCCAGGGAGAAGCAGCUCGGUGGUCUGAACUCUCCGUCUCCAAACUCGCUUGUAAAAAGGAUCAUGGUACAUCAACUCAGAGCAACCAAUGUCAAGAAAGGAUGUCAGACUCAUGCUGGAGAGCUUUGUUGUGUUCUGAGUCUGGACACUUCCUCCAUUGAACAGAGAACAGGCUUCCUUACUCCUUCCUCUAGUACUGGAGCAGUCCUAAACUGGACUGAUGAUAUUACACUGGAAUUAGCACCAGACACCAAAGAACUCAAAGUGAGGCUUGUGGAGAAAAACAGCAAGGGAGAGCAGUUUUUGCCUGGUCAUGCUUCCUUACCACUGGAUCUCUCAAAAAAAAUACCCAACGGACAACACAAGCUGUCUAUUACUCCAGGUCACGGUUUAGCUCCAACUGCUGUGGUAACAUUAGAGCUGUUAUGUGUGGAGUUGAGUGAUUUGCGAUUUAGUCAGAACGCCACUCCUCUGCGUUCCUCUGUCACACCAUCAAAGAAGGUGGAUGUGGACCGCACCAUCAUGCCCGAUGGCACAAUUGUCACCACUGUGACCACCAUCCAAUCACGGCUAAAAGUUGACCGCAAACUAGGAGACUCUCCGUCUCGGUCUCCAUCAAAGGUGGAGGUGACAGAAAAGGCUCCCACCGUGCUGACUAACUCCAGUGCCUGUCCCACCCCAAGCAAAGGCAGACUCCCCAAUGGGCUGGAUGCCGUAGCAGAAACAGCCAUUCGGCAACUAACCGAGUCGGCCAGCAAGGUUCCCAAGAAGACGCCUACUAAACGCAGCACUCUCAUCAUAUCCGGGGUAUCAAAGGUACCCAUUACAGAGGAUGACUCAGCGGUAUCAGUGGGCUAUGCUGCAGCCAUGGACGCGGCCCUACAGAGGGCGCAGUCUCCCAGCGGAAACCCAAACAACCACGGAGCUGGCCCGCAUCAGGAGGCAGAAGAAACCACACCGUCUGAUGCGUCAGAACGGCCCUCUGUGGAUGAUGCAGAGUCAGAGACGGGGUCAACCGGAGCGCUUGAGACACGCAGCCUCAAAGACCACAAAGUGGGAUUCCUCCGUAGUGGCACCAAGUUACUGUUCCGCAGAAAGCACAGGGAGAAAGACCCCAGUUUAAGUCAGUCCCACGAAGAUGUGUCCAACCUGGGCAAUGACUCAUCCACAGCAUCUUGUUCCUCCACCAGCCGUAAGAAGUCUGGAAGCUUCUCUCGUCGCCUCAUCAAACGCUUUUCGUUUCGCUCAUCCAAGACAAAGGGCAAAUCUGCCACAGCCAAUGGAGGAACCAACACAACAGACAAAUAAUGGAGAAACAAAAAAAUACUGAAAGGGCAAAAGAGAUGGUGCAGGCACCAGUCAAAUUAAAGUGAAAUUGGAGUUAUUUAUGUUAUGCUUAUACUUAUUCUCCACUCUCCAUUCAGUCUAGAAUGAAAGCAUACUUCAGACCACAUUGUCCCAAGACAAAUGUGCUUUAUUGUUUCUAUGCCUGGAACGACAUCCCCCAUCUAUGCUUUUCCGGAUGGAAAACUCCGCAAAAUGUGAACAUUGAAAAGGUUUGGCAAUUCAUGAUUGUCGGGCUGACUGAUAUGAUAAAAGGCUGCUUUUUGGAUGAAUUAAGGACGAACAAACCCGAGAAACCUAAAAUGGACGGGGGUGUCAUGCGGUUAUUGAGCACAAGGGGGCGAUAGAGAUCAAGGACUAUUGAUGCCCUCAUCCCUGUUGCUAGCUGUUUUUUUUCUUAUUUAUUUCGUUUUAUCAGUUGCACUUUGGAUCAUAAUCGGAUUGUUUACAACGCCAGGGGGAACGGUUUCGUAGUUUUUAUCAUGUUUGUGUAUCGUUUACUGUUAUCGGCACUGACUUAUUUCUCCGGAGAACGUUAGUUGUGUUGCGAGUGUCUUUUACAGACAUGCUGUGAGCUUUGUUCUCGUUUCGCUUUUGCAGUUGAAGACGAGAUAUGUUUUCAAGUAGAAGUAAGUUUGACUUGAAUUGUGGUUUAUAGCUGGAAUACAUUACAAGACUUUUAAAAUCAGAACAGAUUUUUUUAAGCUAGACACCAACACUUACAGACUUUUUGAAAGUUUUCGACAGAAACACACUUAACUGAUCAAAAUCUUCAGACUGGCACAGACUUUCUGCAACAAGUCCAGAAUGAAAAUCUGGGACAAACUGAGCAAAUGUCUUGAAGUGUAUUUUAGCCUUUAACGUUAAUAUGUUUAUAAAGACGUUUCUAUAUGUUUAACACAAAAUGAAACGGUUGUAAGUAUAGGCAUAUCUCAUUAAAUUGUAUUUUAGUUGUAACAUAGAACCCUUACGACAAAAAGGAAACAUUACAAGAACACUACAUGUGUGUAUAUUUAAAAAAGAAUCGAACAAAUAUUGUAAAUCUACAAGUUCUUGAAGCACGUCAGGCCUGCAGUGGAAAGUGCUAAUUUCAGGGUCCACGUGAAAACAAACCUCAGGGGACAUUUUAAAAGGUUAAAAAAUCACCUUAUUUUUUCAGAUCGGGGUUACUGAGCUAAAUAAGCGUUUUCCCAAUAAUAUAACGUUAAGGUACCACAUUAAAAUGGUUUUCAUUUUGUUGCAAUAAACUGAUCAGUAGGAAUUCGCGAAUCAGCGUGUGCUCACUUUAAAAUAGGAAAUGAUUAUUGUAUUCUUCGUAAUGCCACAGAUGGGAUUUAUUAUAAUAUCGAGCUGGAUAUUUUAGUUUUUGUUAAGGAUUGCUACAUUAAGGAAACUUACCUCCCCUUUCCCUUAGAAUGUUGUUUUAUCAAACUUUUAAGUAAUACGAGCUCUGGAAAAAAGGUUUUCAAGUUACCCCAGUUUAACUACUGCAGUCUGUGUACCCCCUGGAGUAUAAAGCCUCAAUAAUAAUACAAUACUACCAUAAUGUUAUGAUAAAGAGAAUAAGCUUUAAUGACGACUGUAGACCUUCCAAGCAAAUCAGAGCUUUGUAUUAUUGUGGUUUAUUUGAUGUUUAAUUUAUUCUGAAUAAAUUUUGAAAAUCCA